AUGGCAGAAAACGGCGACGCCGACUUGGAUUCCUUGUCGCUCUCUGACACCGAGGCUGAUGAGACAGAGGAUCUCUUCGCAUCACCGUCAAAGAAACAGUCUCGCCCCCCUAGAGCGCCCGAGAACACGAAUAAGUCACACAAAGAAGCCUCUGCUCCGCCGUUGGACUCAGACGAGGAUGCCCUCGCAGACCAUGAGGAGCGCCUACGGCACGAGCUUGCUUCCCUGCGCUCCAUGAAUACGGUCGUAUCUGGCAUUACUGCCUCGUUGGAAAAAGCGAAGAACAAUAUGGAGACUGUGUCAGCCACAGUCAACAAUGCUUCAACGCUACUCACAACCUGGACGCGCAUACUCAGUCAAACAGAGCACAAUCAGCGGCUAAUACUGAACCCAAAUUGGCAUGGCGCAAGCCAGGAUCUUGUCGAUGCUGAGAAUGAGGAGGUGCAGAAGCAGCAGGAGCAAGAGAGAAGAGAGGCCGAGGAAGAGAGAAGGGCCAGGCAGAGGGAGGCAGAGAGAGAAGAAGAGGAGAGAAGAAGAGCGCUGGAAAGUACGAAGGGGACAAAAAGUAAGACAGGCAGGGUGACCGGAAGAGGAACGACAAGAGGCAGAGGCUAUGUUGGCGUCGGUGGUCAGGGAGGAACCAGAGGCACUGCAAGAGGCAAUACUACUGGCAGAACGGCAAGUGGUAUUGGAAGGGGGCUGGGUGGAUCUCGAGGAAGAGGGAGAGGCAUAUGA